AUGGCGUCUGCUCUCACCGUCCUCCUCCUUGGCUGCUGGCUGGCCGGGCGGAGCGGGGUGUCGGGAGAGGGGUCCUACCCCAAACCCUCCAUCUCUGUCAGCCCCGGUGGGGUGAUCCCCAUGGGGGCAAAUGUCACCAUCUGGUGUUGGCAUCAGCACCUGGGCAUGAGGAUCCAACUCUACAAGGCUGGAGCUGGGAACUAUCUGAAUUACACGGACCCUGCUGGCUCUGAGGCUGAAUUUCCCAUCACCAGCGCCAGACGGGAACACGGUGGCAGCUACACCUGUCGUUAUAGCAACAGAACAGACCCAGCUGCCUACUCGGAGCCCAGCGACCCUGUGCAGAUCAUUGUAGCAGAUCCGAGCUUACCCAGACUCUCCAUCUCGCUGAGCUUCACUUCGGUUACCGCCCCAGGGGCAGACGCCACCAUCCGGUGUCAGGGGCAGCGCCUGGACGUGAGGUUCUUCCUGCACAAGGCUGGAGACCUGAACUUGCAGCGACAGAUGGACCCUGCUGGGGAUGGGGCCGAGUUCCUCAUCCCCACCGUGGGCCGGCAGCACGGAGGGAGCUACAGCUGCAGCUACCGGCCCCGAUCAGAGCCCUUCGUCUCCUCGCAGCCUAGCGACCCCUUGCAGCUGGUGGUAGCAGGUGAGAGUCCUGGCUUGGCAUCCCCGCUCCUAGCCCCACACCCAGCCGGACUCUGA